UAUCAUAGUUAGCAUCCCAUGAAUUUAUUCAUGCCCUUGAUGCUAACUUUAAUACCAGUAACUGUGUGUCUGGAGUGCGCGAGGGAAAGUUAUGCCACUGGAACUGCAUUUAAACGGAGCCCAACGGAAUUAGGCAAGUAAGAAGCGCGCGUGUGUUAUGCCGAAUGCACUGCAUUUAACCGGAACCCCUGGGAAUUAACUUUAAAAAAAAGAAAAGGAAAAAAAAAGGAAAAAAGAAAGCGAAUCCGCAAGAGAGAGAAAACCACCUUGUAUACAUGGAGUUUCGCGGACUCUUGCUCCUCCUGAAGUCGAUGGUACUUCUAAAAGGGUUGUGUCAGUGUUUCAAUGUUGAUGUGAAAAGGCCCCGGAUCUUUACUGGACCAGAAGAUGCAUUAUUUGGCUUCUCAGUGCUGCAACAUGAGGUUGAGGGCGAGAAAUUGAUGCUGGUUGGAGCGCCCUGGGACGGGCCAGCCAAUAGCAGGAAGGGAGACAUCUACAAGUGCACCGUGGCUGAGGAGAGGAGCUCCAACUGCACUAAAGUCAAUUUGGGAGAGACGGCCUUCCAGAACGUGUCCCGGAAUCUGAAGAACUCUCACCUGGGAAUGACCUUGAGUCCGAACACGCCGGACGGCUUCCUGGCGUGCGCCCCCUUGUGGUCACAGGAGUGCGGCACCUCGGUGUUCAGCACAGGCAUCUGUGCUUCUGUCGGUGACGACCUGGAGCCCCGCGAAAUCAUCGCGCCCACUGCACAAAGAUGCUCCACCUUCAUGGACAUAGUGAUUGUUCUGGACGGCUCCAACAGCAUCUACCCCUGGUAUGAAGUACAGAACUUCCUCAGCAACAUUCUCAGCAAGUUCCACAUCAGUCCUGAGCAAAUGCAGGUGGGAGUACUGCAGUACGGAGAGGUCUCGGUACACGAGUGGUCUCUGAGGGACUAUCAGACAACACAGGAAGUGGUCGAAGCCGCCAAGAACAUCAGCCGCCAGGAGGGGAGGGAGACCCGCACUGCAUAUGCCAUCCACAUGGGCUGCACAGAGGCCUUCAGCCCUGAGAGAGGAGCCAGGGAAGGUGCCACCAAGGUGAUGAUCGUGGUGACUGACGGGGAGUCACAUGACGGGGAGGAGCUUCCACAGGCCCUGGCUGAGUGUGAGAAGCGGAACAUCACCCGAUAUGCCAUCGCUGUACUGGGACACUAUAUCCGAAGGCAGCAGGACCCAGAGACCUUCAUCAAUGAGAUCAAGUACAUCGCCAGCGACCCGGACGAGAAGUACUUCUUCAAUGUGACGGACGAGGCGGCACUCAACGACAUCGUGGACGCGCUGGGGGACCGAAUCUUCAGCCUGGAGGGGACGCUGGGAUACAAUGAAAGCUCUUUCGAGAUGGAGAUGUCACAGAUCGGCUUCUCCACACACGUCCUGGAUGAUGGGAUCUUGUUUGGGAUGGUGGGGGCGUACGACUGGGAUGGCGGGGUGCUGAAGGAGAGCAGUGAGGGGCGGAUCAUGCCCCCACGAGAGGCUUUUGAGAAAGAGUUUCCCCUGGAGCUGAAGAACCACGCUGCUUACCUGGGUUACACUGUGUCCUCAGUCGUGGUGAAGAACGGAAGAAGGCUGUACAUCGCUGGAGCUCCACGCUUUAAACACAAGGGCAAAGUGAUCCUGUUUGACCUCAAGUCCAACGGAGACGUCAUAAUCACACAGGCCUUGAACGGAGAGCAGAUCGGCUCGUAUUUCGGGAGUGAGGUGUGCGGGGUGGACGUGGACCAGGACGGGAUCACCGAUGUCCUGCUGGUGGCCGCGCCCAUGUUCCUGGGGGCCGGAAACAAGGAGGCGGGGCGAGUGUACAUGUACACCCUCAAUAAGGUGCUGUUCUCUGCCAACGGGACCCUCCAGUCGCAGCGGAAGGCCCAGGACGCCAGGUUCGGCUACGCCAUGGCGACCGCCCCCGACCUCAACCACGACGGCUACACCGACCUGCUGGUGGGCGCGCCGCUGGAGGACGGCCACCAGGGGGCGCUCUACAUCUAUCACGGACAGGGGAGCAGCAUCAUCCCGCUGUACAAACAGCGUAUCUCAGGGCAGGCCCUGUCCCCGGGCCUGCAGUAUUUCGGGCGGAGUGUGAGUGCUCGGUUGGACCUGGAUGGGGACAGCCUGCUGGACCUGGCCGUGGGGGCGCAGGGCAGUGCGGUGCUCCUCAGCUCUCGCAGCAUUGUGCAGAUCAACAUCAGCCUGUCCUUCCAGCCCCACUCCAUCAACGUGAUCCAGAAGAACUGCCAGAGAGGGACGCGGGACUCGGCCUGCCUCAACGCCACAGCCUGCUUCCUGGCCUUCUCCCGCUCCCCUGGCUCUCAUGGGACCGAGUUCGAGCUGCAGGUGGGGGCCAUGCUGGACGACAGGAAGUUGUCAGCGCGCGCACUCUUUGACAACAACUCUCAGCGGCAGACUCUGGUCGGGGUGCGGGUGCGGGUCGGGGAGCCCGCCUGCCUCACGCUGCCCUUCCACGUCUUUGACACGGCGGACUACAUCCGGCCUAUCGGCUUCUCCCUGCGCUUCAAGAUCAACGACACGGAGAGCGGCCCGGUGCUGGAUGAGGGCUGGCCCACCACGCUCAAGAAAUCUAUCCCUUUCUUUAAGGACUGUGGAGAGGAUGACGUGUGUGUGACGGACCUUGUGCUGCAGGCGAGCAUGGACAUCUUUGGGACAAGACAGCAGCCCUAUGUGAUCCGGAGCCCCCGCCGGAGGCUGGCGGUAGAGGUGCAGCUGCACAACCGCCUGGAGAAUGCAUACAACACCAGCCUGACACUGCAGUACUCCCGCAACCUGCACUUCUCCAGCCUCAGCAUACGGGAAGACUCCCAGUUUAAGAUCGAAUGCACCGCUGUCAGCACAAACAGCCACUCGUGUAAUGUCAGCUACCCUGUCUUCCGCUCCCAGUCCAAGGUCAACUUCAUGCUGGAGUUUGAGUUCAGCUGCACCUCCCUGCACAACAAGGUUCAGAUGAAGCUUUUAGCGGCCAGUGACAGUGUGGAGAGGGAGAACACGUUACAGGACAACAGCGUUCACCUGCAGAGUGUUGUGCAGUACGAGCCCGACCUCUUCAUUUCCAGCGACUCCAAUCUGAACCGGUACGAGGUCCACCCGACCCGCACAGUGUCUGAGGGAACUGGACCGGAGUUCCACACCAACUUCAGGCUGCAGAACCUGGGCUGUUACUCAGUCAACAACCUGGAGCUGAGGGUCCAGCUGCCUGCCGUGGCCUCCGGAGACAGGCUCUUCAUGUUAGUCACUGACGCCAGCUCACACAACGCCUCAGGGGUGAACUGCAGUGUGCUGAGCGACCUUCCCCAGCUGAAGAGCACACAGAGAGACGUCCGUCCGCUUCACCCAGAGGACAUGCUGCAGACAGACCAGCUGAACUGCAGCAGGGCGUGGUGUGUGGAGGUGGUGUGCCAGGUCCGGCAGCUGCUCCGGGGACAGGCGGCCCUCGUCCGCAUCACCAGGAGGGUUCAGGACCACUUCUUCAGACAGGCCAAGUUCAAAGCAGUCAGGAUCGUGAGCGCCUACAGCCUCGGGGUGCAGGAAUCCAAUCUGGUCACGCUCGGCAACAGCGCCAUCUGGCGGGAGACGGUGCUGGAGGUGCUGAAGGGCCGCUCCAUCCCCAUCUCCCUCUGGAUCCUCAUCGGCAGCAUCAUCGGAGGCCUGCUGCUGCUCGCACUCAUCAUAUUCAUUCUGUGGAAGUUGGGGUUCUUCACCAGAAAACAGAGGAAGGAGGAAGACCAGAACACUGAAGAUUGAAAACCGUCACUUCAAACAUUCAAAACAGACAGUAUCCAUGGUUCAAACAUUCAAAACGGACAGCAUCCAUGGUUCAAACAUUCAGAAUUGACAGUAUCCACGGUGACCAGUGCCUUCCAACAGCCUGCUCCCAACACUUCCCUACAAAACCUGACCCCCCCCCCUCAAAGCACAAGCUCUCCAGUACAGCUCAGUCCAAGACUGUGUAGCACAAAUCAACACAGUUGCUGUACAGGCCCACUGCCGUUACAGAAGCUGAAGCAAUGGUGAGCGGAGGGAGGCCACACUAAUGAACAGACCGCCAUGGAAACCAGACUACCAACUAUAAAAACCAAUACAUCUAUUUAAUAUUCAGAAAUGUCAAAUAAAGUCCUAGAAUAUUUUUUUGUAUUUUGUAUUUUUUUUUUUCAA